AUGAAGCCACUGUCAAGAAUAGCCUUCGCGCUGUCGCUUUGUUUCUUUGGGCUAGCAUCGCUUAUAAAUGCGGAAACUACCCCAGGGUUGUCACCAUCGCGGCUGUUACGAAAUUCACAUUCUGAUCAAUACGAUGUGAGCGACAAUUCGAUACGAUCGACCACGAGAUGGAAUUGGAUCGAUUUCGCAAAUUUUUCUUCUAUUGCCGACUAUGAAGCCUUUCGGUUUGAGAUACCGGAGAUAUUUCAGGAAAAAGGGCCAAAGGGGAUGCAUCGAAGACUUCAAGAAGAGGAGCUUCUAGUCCAAGAGGAAAGCACUGCAGAUGAUUUCAAUCCAAAUGAUCUUAUUGUUUCUGUGACCUUUAGCGAGAUUUACAAAGUUAUUAUUUUCAUUGCAAUUGCUUGGUUACUGGGGAACCUUUCGGUGAAAAUUGGGCUACCUACUUUGGUGGGAGAACUUGUGACUGGAGUUGUACUCGGACCGCCGCUUCUCGAUUUCGUUCCAUUUCCAGGGGCAUUGGUACUGACAGGAAAUCUGGGUCUGAUUGGGUUGAUCUUGGAGAGCGGGAUUAGUUUGGAUGUUGUCCAAUUGCAAGAAGUCGGAAGUAGAGCAUUGCUCCUGGCGAUAGCUGGAUCAGUGAUUCCGCUCGCAACAGGCUUUGGGAUUGGUCGGUGGAUCGGGAUGAGCACCAAGGCGGCGAUUGCAGUUGGCGCAGCUUUUGCUCCUAGCUCUUUGGGUGUUGCGUCAAAUGCACUAUCAAGCGGUGAUGUUCUCAAUACACCGAUUGGUCAGACAAUUGUGGCUAGUAGUGUGUUUGACGACGUCUUUGGCUUGAUCUUGCUGAGUAUUUUGGAAGUUUUUGCUGCUCCGGAUCCUCGGGUCUUUGACUACAUCUUGCCAUUCAUUUCGUCCUUUGGAUACUUGAUUGUCUUGGGCUUUUUGGGAAUUACUGUGUUCCCACGAGUAAUCGAAAACAACAUCCUGCCGCUUGUGUCGGAACCAAACCGAGAUCAGCUCGCUAUGGUGCUCAUGUUGGUGCUCACGAUUUGUUAUAUGCUCGCUCUGAAUUACUCCAGAGCAAGUUAUCUGACUGGGGUUUUUCUCGCAGGAUUGACAUUCAGCCAACUCCACAUGGUUCAUGCUUCCUUUGUCAAACAUGGACGACCGAUGCUCAAUUGGUUGCUCCGCAUAUUCUUUGCUGCAACAAUUGGUUUUCAAGUUCCCGUCACCAGGUUUUCAGAUGUUUAUGUAUUGGGUUGGGGAUUUGCACUCCUGCUUGUUGUUCUCGCAAAGGUCCCGGUUGGAUUUCUUGUCCCUCACUUUCAAAAGGAAAUACCCAAGGGCUUCCCGUACAACCCGUACUUUCGAGAUAUUGUGGUUACAUCUCUUGCAAUGACUUGUCGAGGAGAGUUCAAUGUGAUUGUGGCAUCUUAUGCUCUCAGUGAAGGGCUUUUCGAACCCGAGAUCUACAGCGCUGUGAUUCUCGCUAUAUUGUUUGGUAGUAUUGUGUCACCGCUUGUUUUGACAAGAGUACUUCGGUACUACAACGGUAUGUCUGUGAGCUAUCUAGAAGGCGAUCAUCCAAUCGAACGUAUCGGGAACACAUGCGAUGGUUCCAGACCUCUUUUCCUUGCAAUUCAGGCUAGAACACCAGUCCAUUGGAACUUGCAAGAGGAUUUCAAAAGACGGCUAGAAGAACAUGGUCUCAUUAUCAUUGACCACCGAUCCUGGCAUACGCUCGGACGAAAAGAUAUCGGACAAGAGGCAGUAGACAUCACAGAGCUCUUCGCUCAAGAUACAAAGCAGCGGGUUAGGGUUGCGGGAUGCUUUCCUUCGCAACAAUCUAGUGGGACGGUCGAGGACGAAAGCUCCAUUGGAUCUAAUUUCGACAGACAACCAUCGUCAAGUAGCAUUGGAUCUGAUUUCGACAGACUACCAUCGUCAACUCGAACUUCAGACGACACCUUCCCAAUGGAUUUCGGUCCAGGGGGUGAUGUCGGCUGGGAGGAGGAAAGGAGAGAAAGGAUGAUGAUCGAAGAUCGGUGUGAAGCCAUAAAACAAGUAAUGGCUGACUGCUUGAAAUCAGACAGCCCUGACGACUACCGUAUCCAGGUUAGUCAGUGGGAACCGUUCAUUGUCAAUAGGAAAGCUGAAGAGCAGGAAGAAGAGCCAUCGGAAUUACAACCACAUCAUGCACUACGACGUCGGUUCUAUACGUUCGGUUCCUUCCGUGACGAUGAAGACAGCGCCAGCGGGGAUAAUCCUGAUCCGUGCGAUGUGGUCUCGUCAGCUCCAUCAAAUGAUAGCUCCCUUGUGUUCGAGAAUACGAAGCCAAAGAAGCUUAGCCUUAAUCUUGGUCCAAAAAGACCUUCCAUCAUCGGACGAAGCGCCUCCGCCGUCGCCGCCGUCGAAACACCCACAGCUGCUGCAGAUGGACCGCUUCUGUCAGCUGCCGAUCUGUGGGAGAACGACAACGCUUGUCGUCAAGCAACACGGGAUGGAUUCACCUUCUCUCCUGAUUCGUAUGGCUAUGGGGGUUGUAACGUUACCAUUGGUCUGGGAGAUGUGGUCUCAACACCGAACAGCAGCAGCGUCCCAAGAGCGAGACAUCGUCGAGCAGUGAGCUUUGAUCCGAAUAUCAUGAAUCCAAGACUGCAGGAAGAUGUGGAGAGUUUUGUGAUCAAGGACCGCCUCCAUGGUUACGUCAGACAUCACCACCCCCAAAGCAUGACACCACAACCUUCUCAAGAGUUUACAGUCAGACAGCAAGAUCCUCAAGAGUUUCCAUAG